UGUGUGUGAGUGCAUUACUUUCUUUCACUACUAUGAUAGCACAUGCUCCUGCAAAGCCGUUCAAGGCAUUAGAAAUACAACUCCUCCCUCCAGUGCCCCAUGUGUGUGAGCAGCUCAGGCUUUCUGCUUCAGCUCACUCCCAUUUGAUCACUGGGCUGACAGUCACGACUCUCUGUUCUACACCUCCAGGCUUCACUCUGAGGAAAGAAGGAGCAAGAAAAACACAGAAGCAGACACACAACUGACCCACAGAGCCAUCAAUAACUUACUUCCCUUGCAGCAGAAUUACAGAGGGGAAGGGGGCGGGGGAGGGGGGGAGUGAGGGAGGAAGAGGAGAAGAAAAAGAAAAUCCAGAGAAUUCUAGCCUUCAAAUAUAGCCAAACUGAGAAUGAGAGGAGUGUGUUUGCGCUGCAGGAACGGAGAAGAAAGAACAAAUUAAAUAAACAAAAGCAGGAGAGGACUGGAGCUCUCUUCCCGAUAGCAACGGUAUUAUUUUAGAGGUAAAAUGAUUCCGCCAAGCAACACUACUGAAGUCAGUGUGGAUAAUGUGGAGAAAGAGAAUGAACUAGAGAACACAGAUCAACCCCCCUCUCCAGCAUCUACUACCAGCCAGGAAUCAAAGCUCCAGAAACUGAAAAGAUCGCUCUCUUUCAAGACCAAAAGCUUACGGAGUAAAAGCGCAGACAACUUUUUCCAGAGGACGAACAGUGACGUGAAAUUACAAGUUGAUUUGCUGCCUGAGGUGAGCACCAGCACCGGCCAGCUCCCCAGCUCAGAGAGCCGGUCCUCCACACCUAUCAAACUCCAACAACAGGCAGAAAGCAAUCAGGUUCAUGUUUUCCAGGAGCACAUCUUCAAAAAACCCACUUUCUGUGAUGUCUGCAACCACAUGAUUGUUGGGACAAAUGCUAAACAUGGACUGCGCUGCAAGGCUUGUAAGAUGAGCAUCCACCACAAGUGCACCGACAGUAUUGGACAACAGCGUUGCAUGGGCAAACUGCCAAAGGGGUUUCGGCGUUACUACAGUUCCCCACUACUCAUUCAUGAACAGUUUGGCUGCAUCAAAGAAGUGAUGCCUAUUGCUUGUGGCAACAAAGUCGACCCCGUGUAUGAAACCCUCCGAUUUGGAACCUCCUUAGCACAGAAGACCAAGAGGGGCAGCUCUGGAAGUGGAUCUGAUUCACCCAAACGGAACUCUACUUCAGACCUGGCAGAAGUUCCUGAGGAAGCAGAUGGUUCAGGAAGCAUGUUUGAUAUAAACAGGAAACGCAGCAACAGUGUGUUUACCUACUCAGAAAAUGGAACAGAAGACUUUGGAGAAGAAUCAAAAAGGAUAAACUCCCUGGGGCCUGUUUAUAAAGACACAUCACAAAUGCACGCCUACGUUGCCUUGUACAAAUUUGUACCACAAGAGAACGAAGACUUGGAGAUGAGACCAGGUGAUAUGAUCACACUGCUGGAAGAUUCUAAUGAAGACUGGUGGAAGGGGAGAAUUGAGGACAGAAUAGGAUUUUUCCCCGCUAAUUUUGUUCAGAGAGUGCAACAAGACGAAAAGAUUUUCAAGUGUGUCAGAACAUUUAUUGGAUGCAAGGAGCAAGGACAGAUUACUCUGAAAGAGAACCAAAUCUGCGUGACUUCUGAAAAGGAACGCAAUGGCUUUAUCAAAGUUUACUGUGGGAAGAAGAAAGGCUUUGUCCCCCUAGACGUCUUAGAAAUCAUCUGAUUUCAGCACUGCACUUACUGCAGUAGGAAAGCUUUGCUGGCAAUGCCUGUCUGCCUCAUCUCACACUGUGUCAACCCCGCUGGGCCGUCUUGCAGAUGAUCAGGGACUAGUGAGAUGACCGCAGCAACAAAAAAGGACACUUAGACUGUUACAGCAACAAGAAAUAAAAAAGAUAAAAGGGUUGAUUAAAAGAAUAUAUCAGGAAACCUCCAGGGGGAAAAGGGGCCAAGGAAAGUAAAAGGAAUAAGGUAAGAAAUGGCUGGACUAGCUCAUUUCCAGUGCAAGAUGACUAUUAAUUAUCCUGAUGGAGACAGGACAGACAGCUGUUCUGAAAAACUAACCUCAUACCUGCUCAUCUGUCUUCAAAAAAACUGUUGGAGUGCGUUUUUGUUUAAAGUGUGAUUUCGGGGGGGGGGGGGAGGGAGGGUCAAACUGUCCUUGUAGUACAGUCUGAUCUUGUAGUAAAGUGUGACUAUGAUUCUAGAGUUUUGUCCACAAUAUUAGCCAAACAGCAUAGUGUUUAAUCCUGAUGUCAAGUCUCAUAACAAAGCAGUUUGGAGGCACUGUGUAAACGUCAGUCUGAGACGUUAAUGCACCAUUGUCUAGACGCCAACGACUUUCUUUCUCUCUAUGCUCGGACUGUACAAAAGAGCGGCCAACUUCUACGUCCUUUGCUUUCUUUGUAUACAAACAAAACUCUUGGCACAUGUUGGAUGUAACAGCUGCUCUGGUAGCUGGUAGCUGACAAACUUAAAGUCCCUCCUGUUCAGAAGGCCAGGCUAGAAGUAUUCCUCAGUGAUCCCUGUUCCUUUAUCUGGUGGCAGAGAAAGUGUCAGAAAUACAGAGCUGAGUGAGAGCCCCAUGCUUGAAAAGUUUUCUAUUUUUCUGGAGUAUUAAAUUUGAAGAGAUUUUAUAUAUUGAGCCUGUUUAUAAGUAGUAGAUGGCCAACCAAGCCCCUUCUAGAGUGAAAAAGCUAGUAAGUAAUUGAUGGUGAAGCCAGGAAUCCUCCCAUUCCAGGAUCAGUGAGAGAGAGAGAAAUAAACUAAGGUAUCAUUUAAUUAUAUUAACAUGAAGUCUCUUGCUUCAUUGACUAGACGGGAGCUUUUAGGAAUCAGACUAAGCUAAAUUCUGCCUUCACACACAUGCAAACCCUGCUGAUGCCAGUAAGGUUGCAAGAGGUGUCUGUCAGGACAAUGUUUGGCCUACUGAUUGUGUCAUGUAGGCCCCAGUCUUGUAAUCUGUUCUGUACAUAUGAACUCCUGCAAUGGUCUCUGUGCAGGUAUUAGAGUCUGCCAGUGCAGAUCAGAUUGCAGCAUCAGGGCCUUGGUCUAUUGGGCUCAUAAUAUUUUCCACUUAAGUUCUUGCUUUUGUUGUCCAGCCUAUGACAGAACCCUACUCUAUAUUACUACCGGGGUGCUGGAACAAUUUUUAUAGUGGGGGUGCUGAGACCCAUUGAACCAAACUGUAAACCCUGUAUAUAAUGGAAUCCACUUCAAGCCAGGGGGUACAGCAGCACCCCUAGUUCCACUUCGCACCUAUGAUUACUACUAGAGGUAGACCCAAAUCAAAAGCCUAAAUCCACAUAUUCCCACACAAAGGAGAAGUUUCAGAUCUGCAUCUGAACUUCGCACGUGGCCACACUCUCUAAAAUGGGCUGAACCACACAAUCCUGCAAUCACACACUGGAGAAUUGUGAAUCUGUAUCCAUAAGCCCUGGUCCUGCAGCUAGAGUGGCCUAUAUGAACUGUCCAUGCAGAGCCUUCCUGAGGAUAACGGGGUUCCAGUCAGCCUCAGAGGUCCACCCAGUGUGCAAGAUCAGAGCCAGACAUUGUCGCGCUCGUCUGGCUCUCGUUAUUGUGGCAGUGUUUGCUGCUGAACCAUUUUUCUUCAGAGCUAAUGUAAUGUAAACAAAUCCCAUGUCAUUUCAGACAGUGUUCAGUGAGGAGAUCAAAGAUAUAUAAAUGGCCUUUUUCCAUGUAAACAAUGAACUACUUUAACUCCGCUUAUUUUCCAAGGUGUUGAGAAAACUCCUGCGGGGGAGUGAAGAUGCUGAUAUGGCUUAGAGACCAAGAGGAAAAGCAGCAGAAAUGUUAUUAAUCCAUCCUGUUUUAUAAUAGGAUUUUAUUUGAUAUUCACCAAUUUUAAAAAAAUCUCAAAUGCCUGUUACAACUCAAAUUAUUGCUUCCUUUGGUCCAGCCUGUUAUGCAUAAGACUAGGGAAAUCUGUUUUAAUCUAUACAUAUAUGCUCUUGUUUACAUGAUUGCAUCAUACUGUCACUCUUAUUAUUUCAGUUUCUCUCUAAAACAUGCAUCAUACUAUUCAAAGAAUAUGAACAUUAACUACAAUUCACAAUGGCCUUGAAUCAGUGUCAGUUUGAUUUCUUUUGAUACCAAGCAAUAAAUAAUAAAGUGACUGAAAAACCCCUAAGUGGAUUACAUCAUGGUGGAGCAAGCAUUGCUUUCUAAAUAAAAGCUUUCAUGGUUAUUUUUACUUUUUCCUUUUCUGUCAUUGUUCCAUGUGUAUUUUGUCCCUGAUUCAGCAAGUUGCUUAUGCAUGUGCCUAGCUUUAAGCAGAAGAGUAACCAAUGGAUCAUAUGCUUGAAGCCAGGCACUUGCUUAAACGUUUCACUCAUCAAUUUUGGAGACCUUACUUUGAUUUCAGAUUGGCAUUCCAUAGUUUUUUCUACCACGUGCAGUUCAUCAUCGAUAUUUGCAUUAAUAAACAGAUAACGGUCCAGUCCAUCAUUGCGGCUGGCCUAUCUGGCACUUGCUCAGAUAAACUGUAUUUUAGGAGAUAAGGGUUGUUCAUAUCUAAUUUUAUAUUUUGCUUAAAUAAAGAACAUGCAACAGCUGGCUGGAAGGAGAA